AUGUCGACCCAGCAGAUCAAGGCAAAGGCAUUCAGAGUGACUCAGGGAUUAUCGGAACUCGAGGUUCGAACAUGGCGUGAGCAAGGCGUCACGUUGACCCCUCUCCACGUUGGCGAUUUCGGUUGGAUUCCCUUGGAACCAAACCUCGACGAGAACGGGAAUCUGCGAGCAGUGGUUGCGAUCCAGAGAGCGGCAUACUCAAAUACAGGUACAGGCAUGGUGACUCCUGAAGACGGUGGCUACACGCUAGCGACACGAAUCCCAUCCAGGGCUGUCCUUCAGACCGCAAGUUACCAACCAGAUGGCGGUCCCAGUGACACCGUGGUUACGGCAUAUUUGAUGAAGUGGCUUCGCACACUGACAGAGCAAUAA